GAUUGUAAACGUAUUUAGACAAGAAAAAGGAAGCGAUGGGAAUUCUGCUAAUACACUGAUCAAUAUGCAGGUCAAAGAACCAGGUUAAAGAACACGAUACGACCAGCCGAUUGCACAAGCUGUACAAUCCAACUUGACAUGCCGUGAUGUAAGCUUUCCUUAAGCCUUUGCGGCUAUGGAGGACCUCCAGACAUACCGGGCCAGGAUCGGUCUGUUCCGACACCGCCUUGCCAGUAAACGAAACGUACCCCCACACAAACGGGCGUCAUGUAGAAAACGUGAGCAGAAACGGAGGCAAGACCGGACCAAACUGAAAAAAAUUCGCGUGGGAUCUGCCACAAAACUGAAUCCGGUCGCAAGCUCAGGAAAGAUGACCUUGGGUAUUACACGUCGUUUUGCCAUAAUCGUUAUAGCCAUUCUCCUCAUGGCAGGUCUUACUUCCGGCCAUAUGGACACUGGUCAAUUCUUUACGGAAAAUGAGUUACAUACUAAUUUCCCAGAAAGUCAUGUGAUUGGCAAAUGUUUUACCCUGACACUCCAGCAAAACUACGUCAUCCCUUCGUCCAUGUGUGAUUGUCUCCUUGGUAACGCCGGUGUACAUGCGUACAAUGGAAACCCUCGGACACCUGUCAGCAAUGAUGACACAGUCAUUGAUAUGGAAGUGCACGCAUUCACACCGUCUGAGGGUCAGCCGCUACAACCCUUCCUGGAAGUAGGCGGUGAUGAGAGGUCAACAAUAAACCAGUCACAACGAGCUGAUCAAAUACAAAAAAUGGAAAUAGACAUACGAAAGCAACACGCAGAUAUGAUAAAGAAAAUACACGGAUAUAUUUCACCAAUGUUAUCGGAAACUUGGGAUCUGUUUCGAAAUGGUCUGACUCCACAUCUUACGAGACGCGAAACACACGGUUCAGAUGUGACUUUUGUAGGCCAUAUCUGUGAGAGCCUUCUUCGUAAGGAUAUCAUCAAGCACGGAGAGUACAGUGUCCUCUUAGAAGUUGUCGACUCCACAGACGUGCGUGCCGGCGAUAUAGUCAGAAGAGCUACAACAGCCAUUAAAGACAUCAAGCUGAAGAUAUCCGCUCUAAAGUCCGAAGCUAGAUCAGAUCAUAACACACGCUUGGCACAAGCAGAGGAAGACAUGUUUUCUGAACUGCAUGAGUCUACAAGACCAACUAGAUCAGAGCAUAACACACGCUUUGCAAAAGAAGAGGAAGACAUGUUUUCUGAACUGCAUGAGUCUACAAGACCAAAAGAAAGAACCAUAGAUGUUGACAAACGGGGGAAAAUGAUCGAUCAAACCGAAAACUGGAUAAAGUGGAAACGGAAGCAAACUACAUUCAUAAAGACAAACGCCUUUAGCGUUGCAAUCGAUAUCUUGAAAAAAACUAACUUGAUUCUCAUAAAAGGGAACUGUGGUGAUGGUAAAAGCGUUCUGGCUAUGGAGAUAAUGGCUUGGCUAAUGGGUGAUCGUGAAGAACAGUGCGAAGCUCAACAUGAUACAGUUAAUCCGAGAAAGAAACCCCUUCUGCUUAAGGAGCUGAAGAGCUGGGACGAAAUAGUAUCAUGUCAUGCGAAUUUAGCAAUUUUCAUUGAUGAUAUUUUCGGGUAUAGCUCUAUAUACAACGAAGAUUUAGCAUGGUGGAAGAAAAUUUCCCCCUUUAUUGUACCGGUUGUGGAAGGACAUAUAGUUACCGAUGCAAAUUGCAUGAUCUUAACUGUCAGAAACGAUGUAUAUGCGGAACACGAAUCUCUAUUUUGUCAUGAAGAUGUAUUAAGUAACGGACAGUGUGUCGUUGAUUUGAGUCGUUCUCAAAGUUUACAAACAGAAGAAAAGAAAAACAUUUUGAGAUUGUAUUUGCCGAAAAGUGUAGAAUUAUCGACAGACGAUGAAACGAAAAUCCUGCAAUCCGAUUUGCCAUUUGGUUUUCCGGAGUGUUGUAGAAUAUUUCAAUCGCUUGAAGACAUGCAUGACCAUCCAAGAGAAUAUUUUAUAAAACCGUUGGUUUACAUCAAACACGCCAUACGGGACAGAUUUAGUAAAAGAAAACAAUCGGCACUACUGUUCCUUCUAUUAGCUACAGGAAAGGUUACCGAGAGUCAGUUAGACCCCGAAAGUUCCAACGCACAAGAAGAUGAACUUGUAAAAUUGGCGUUUAAAAUAUAUGUUUCAGGUCACCCUAUCCAAAGUUUAGGAACAAAACCUGAAGUUCAAACAAAACUUGAUAUAAAAGAAGGUUUGAAAGCAAUGAUAGGGUCUUUAGUGAAGUUAGAAUCUAACACUUUUACAUUUUACCAUGACGUUGUGGAAGAUGCUGUGGCUAUCCUCUACGGAGAAACCACACCCCGUGGAUUCCUUCGAAAUGUCAACAUAACUCAUUUGCGUUAUAUAGUAACAUUACAGGGUAAUGAAAAUGCAAUUUAUAUUGGCGAUGAAUACAUUGAGUGUUUGUAUAAUCGUAUUUUGGAUGAAUUGAAGACCAGAGAAACAAAACAAUAUGACAUUUUAAUCACACUGCGACUAUGGGAUGAUGAAAACUUUGUACGGAAUUUCAUUGCUUGGGUUGGAAAACAAGAAAGUGUACCAAAUGACUUCUACUUUCAAUGGACGACGAAGGAAUGCGCGCCUACAAUUAAGAAGGGUUUUCCAGCUCCCAAUGAGAAUAAUGUAAACAACUACUACAGUUUCUUUGUAUUCGUUGCAAAGUCAAACAAGGGUUUUUUAUUACAGAAAUUCAUAGAACAAGGCAAAUCAAAUGCAAUUCAAAUGAAGCUUGCAUUGGAUCAAGCAUGUGUAUCAGGAAGUGAAAAAUGUGCAUUAAAACUUCUGGAAAACGGAAUUACUCCUGAUAGCAACACAUGGAUCAGUGUUGUAAAAGAGGGGUCACUUGUCUUGUUGAAUAAACUGAUAACUUUUGGCAUAUAUGCUAAUGCAACAACAGACGACAAAACCUUCAAUGUUGAGAAUGUCAAUAUGUUACAACUAGCGUGUCUUUAUGAAAAAGAACAAAUCGUCUUGCGUCUAGCACAGACUUUCCCAAUUUUGAGAAAACACAGGGAUAAGGAUAAUAACUCAAUGUUCCAUCACAUUGCGAUGACAAACAAUUGUGAUAUGUUUAAGAAAAUUACGACAGCACUAUUUUUCGAAUCACCCGAUUUGAUGUCCCUUUUACGAAGGGAUGACAGAGUAACAGUGUUACACGUGGCAUGCAAAAACCAACAUCCAUCAUUCAAUGGGAACAGGAGGGAAAUGUGCAUGCAAAUUUACAAAACAUGUCCGACGUUGAUAUCACAACGGGACAAUCGGGGUAUGCAUUGCCUCCACGAUGCAGCAUGCUCCGGUGAGGUUGAUUGUUUUAUGUAUUUAGACAAUCUUGUAAAUGAAGGUAAAAGUGAAACAGAAAGACAACAUUACAUUGAAACAUUACUUACUAGUGCAGGCGAGACUGUACUUCACAAAGCAAGUGUCAAUGGACAGAAAACUAUGUGUUCACAUCUAUUGGAGACCUGUCCCUCAUUGAUAUCACAACGGGACAAUUAUGGUAACCAUUGCCUCCACAAAGCAGCAUAUUCCGGUGAUGUUGAUUGUUUUAUGUAUUUAGACAAUCUUGUAAAUGAAGGUAAAAGUGAAACAGUUAGACUACAUUACAUUGAAACAUUACUUACUAGUAAGGGCGAGACUGUAUUUCACCGAGCAAGUGCCAAUGGAAAGAAAACUAUGUGUUCACAUCUACUGGAGACCUGUCCCUCAUUGAUAUCACAACGGGACAAUUAUGGUAACCAUUGCCUCCACAACGCAGCAUCUUCCGGUGAUGUUGAUUGUUUUAUGUAUUUAGACAAUCUUGUAAAUGAAGGUAAAAGUGAAACAGAUAGACUACAUUACAUUGAAACAUUACUUACUAGUAAGGGCGAGACUGUAUUUCACCGAGCAAGUGCCAAUGGAAAGAAAACUAUGUGUUCACAUCUACUGGAGACCUGUCCCUCAUUGAUAUCACAACGGGACAAUUAUGGUAACCAUUGCCUCCACAACGCAGCAUCUUCCGGUGAUGUUGAUUGUUUUAUGUAUUUAGACAAUCUUGUAAAUGAAGGUAAAAGUGAAACAGAAAGACUACAUUACAUUGAAACAUUACUUACUAGUGCAGGCGAGACUGUACUUCACCUAGCAAGUCAAAAUGGACAGAAAACUAUGUGUUCACAUCUAUUGGAAACCUAUCCGUCAUUGAUAUCACAACGGGACAAUUAUGGUAACCAUUGCCUCCACAAAGCAGCAUUUUCCGGUGGUGUUGAUUGUUUUAUGUAUUUAGACAAUCUUGUAAAUGAAGGUAAAAGUGAAACAGUAAGACUACAUUACAUUGAAACAUUACUUACUAGUGCAGGCGAGACUGUACUUCACCUAGCAAGUCAAAAUGGACAGAAAACUAUGUGUUCACAUCUAUUGGAAACCUAUCCGUCAUUGAUAUCACAACGGGACAAUUAUGGUAACCAUUGCCUCCACAAAGCAGCAUUUUCCGGUGGUGUUGAUUGUUUUAUGUAUUUAGACAAUCUUGUAAAUGAAGGUAAAAGUGAAACAGUAAGACUACAUUACAUUGAAACAUUACUUACUAGUGCAGGCGAGACUGUACUUCACCUAGCAAGUCAAAAUGGACAGAAAACUAUGUGUUCACAUCUAUUGGAAACCUAUCCGUCAUUGAUAUCACAACGGGACAAUUAUGGUAACCAUUGCCUCCACAAAGCAGCAUUUUCCGGUGGUGUUGAUUGUUUUAUGUAUUUAGACAAUCUUGUAAAUGAAGGUAAAAGUGAAACAGAAAGACUACAUUACAUUGAAACAUUACUUACUAGUGCAGGCGAGACUGUACUUCACCUAGCAAGUCAAAAUGGACAGAAAACUAUGUGUUCACAUCUAUUGGAAACCUAUCCGUCAUUGAUAUCACAACGGGACAAUUAUGGUAACCAUUGCCUCCACAAAGCAGCAUUUUCCGGUGGUGUUGAUUGUUUUAUGUAUUUAGACAAUCUUGUAAAUGAAGGUAAAAGUGAAACAGAAAGACUACAUUACAUUGAAACAUUACUUACUAGUGCAGGCGAGACUGUACUUCACCUAGCAAGUCAAAAUGGACAGAAAACUAUGUGUUCACAUCUAUUGGAAACCUAUCCGUCAUUGAUAUCACAACGGGACAAUUAUGGUAACCAUUGCCUCCACAAAGCAGCAUUUUCCGGUGGUGUUGAUUGUUUUAUGUAUUUAGACAAUCUUGUAAAUGAAGGUAAAAGUGAAACAGAAAGACUACAUUACAUUGAAACAUUACUUACUAGUGCAGGCGAGACUGUACUUCACCUAGCAAGUCAAAAUGGACAGAAAACUAUGUGUUCACAUCUAUUGGAAACCUAUCCGUCAUUGAUAUCACAACGGGACAAUUAUGGUAACCAUUGCCUCCACAAAGCAGCAUUUUCCGGUGGUGUUGAUUGUUUUAUGUAUUUAGACAAUCUUGUAAAUGAAGGUAAAAGUGAAACAGAAAGACUACAUUACAUUGAAACAUUACUUACUAGUGCAGGCGAGACUGUACUUCACCUAGCAAGUCAAAAUGGACAGAAAACUAUGUGUUCACAUCUAUUGGAAACCUAUCCGUCAUUGAUAUCACAACGGGACAAUUAUGGUAACCAUUGCCUCCACAAAGCAGCAUUUUCCGGUGGUGUUGAUUGUUUUAUGUAUUUAGACAAUCUUGUAAAUGAAGGUAAAAGUGAAACAGAAAGACUACAUUACAUUGAAACAUUACUUACUAGUGCAGGCGAGACUGUACUUCACCUAGCAAGUCAAAAUGGACAGAAAACUAUGUGUUCACAUCUAUUGGAAACCUAUCCGUCAUUGAUAUCACAACGGGACAAUUAUGGUAACCAUUGCCUCCACAAAGCAGCAUUUUCCGGUGGUGUUGAUUGUUUUAUGUAUUUAGACAAUCUUGUAAAUGAAGGUAAAAGUGAAACAGAAAGACUACAUUACAUUGAAACAUUACUUACUAGUGCAGGCGAGACUGUACUUCACCUAGCAAGUCAAAAUGGACAGAAAACUAUGUGUUCACAUCUAUUGGAAACCUAUCCGUCAUUGAUAUCACAACGGGACAAUUAUGGUAACCAUUGCCUCCACAAAGCAGCAUUUUCCGGUGGUGUUGAUUGUUUUAUGUAUUUAGACAAUCUUGUAAAUGAAGGUAAAAGUGAAACAGAAAGACUACAUUACAUUGAAACAUUACUUACUAGUGCAGGCGAGACUGUACUUCACCUAGCAAGUCAAAAUGGACAGAAAACUAUGUGUUCACAUCUAUUGGAAACCUAUCCGUCAUUGAUAUCACAACGGGACAAUUAUGGUAACCAUUGCCUCCACAAAGCAGCAUUUUCCGGUGGUGUUGAUUGUUUUAUGUAUUUAGACAAUCUUGUAAAUGAAGGUAAAAGUGAAACAGAAAGACUACAUUACAUUGAAACAUUACUUACUAGUGCAGGCGAGACUGUACUUCACCUAGCAAGUCAAAAUGGACAGAAAACUAUGUGUUCACAUCUAUUGGAAACCUAUCCGUCAUUGAUAUCACAACGGGACAAUUAUGGUAACCAUUGCCUCCACAAAGCAGCAUUUUCCGGUGGUGUUGAUUGUUUUAUGUAUUUAGACAAUCUUGUAAAUGAAGGUAAAAGUGAAACAGAAAGACUACAUUACAUUGAAACAUUACUUACUAGUGCAGGCGAGACUGUACUUCACCUAGCAAGUCAAAAUGGACAGAAAACUAUGUGUUCACAUCUAUUGGAAACCUAUCCGUCAUUGAUAUCACAACGGGACAAUUAUGGUAACCAUUGCCUCCACAAAGCAGCAUUUUCCGGUGGUGUUGAUUGUUUUAUGUAUUUAGACAAUCUUGUAAAUGAAGGUAAAAGUGAAACAGAAAGACUACAUUACAUUGAAACAUUACUUACUAGUGCAGGCGAGACUGUACUUCACCUAGCAAGUCAAAAUGGACAGAAAACUAUGUGUUCACAUCUAUUGGAAACCUAUCCGUCAUUGAUAUCACAACGGGACAAUUAUGGUAACCAUUGCCUCCACAAAGCAGCAUUUUCCGGUGGUGUUGAUUGUUUUAUGUAUUUAGACAAUCUUGUAAAUGAAGGUAAAAGUGAAACAGAAAGACUACAUUACAUUGAAACAUUACUUACUAGUGCAGGCGAGACUGUACUUCACCUAGCAAGUCAAAAUGGACAGAAAACUAUGUGUUCACAUCUAUUGGAAACCUAUCCGUCAUUGAUAUCACAACGGGACAAUUAUGGUAACCAUUGCCUCCACAAAGCAGCAUUUUCCGGUGGUGUUGAUUGUUUUAUGUAUUUAGACAAUCUUGUAAAUGAAGGUAAAAGUGAAACAGAAAGACUACAUUACAUUGAAACAUUACUUACUAGUAAGGGCGAGACUGUACUUCACCGAGCAAGUCUCAAUGGACAGAAAACUAUGUGUACACGUCUAUUGGAAACCUGUCCCUCAUUGAUAUCACAACGGGACAAUUAUGGUAACCAUUGCCUCCACAUAGCAGCAUUUUCCGGUGGUGUUGAUUGUUUUAUGUAUUUAGAAAAUCUUGUAAAUAAAGGUAAAAGUGAAACAGAAAGACGACAUUAUAUGGAAACAUUACGUAAUCAUUUUGGCCAGACUGUACUUCACCGAGCAAGACUUAAUGGACAGAAAACUAUGUGUUCACAUCUAACUAGUAAGGGCGAGACUGUACUUCACCGAGCAAGUCUCAAUGGACAGAAAACUAUGGGUACACGUCUAUUGGAAACCUAUCCCUCAUUAAUAUCACAACGGGACAAUUUUGGUAACCAUUGA